UAGCCUGGCCAAGCCCGCCCAGCAGGGCGGAGCUCGGGAGUGGGAGGAGAAUGGGGCGUGGCUGUAUCAGAGGGGAGGGGCGUGGCUUGGCCGCGGUGGGCGUGGCUCUCCGCCCGUCUCCAACCCCGAGAGGCUUCCCCCGGGAUUCAGGUUGCGGCUCCGGUGUCGUCGGAGCUGCGCUUCUGCUGCAACUUCUUCGCAACUUUUCCCUGGCUUGGCCCGAGUCGCGGCCGCGAUGUCCUCGGUGCAGGUGCUUUACCCUCCCAACGUGCACCGCUGCAGCAUGCUCAGCUCGGCGGCGUUCCCCAAAGACGAGCCGGCGCAGGGUGAGUUGCUCCGCGACCGCGGCGGAGGCGCAGUUGGGGGGAGACUGGGGCGGACGCGCGGGAGCUGCGAGAGGGCGCCGCCUCCGAGGUCUGCAAGGACCCACCGCGGCUUGAUAAGAGUCGGGGUCAGAGUGGAUCCCUCUGCUUGCAAUGGGGUCUGACUCGUCUUUGCCCUCUGGGGAUCCUCACGCUGCCCAGUGUCAAAACUUCUGAGAGCCCACCAAAAUAAAAAAGGGGGGGAUAGUUCUUAGCUGCACAAGCUUAUAUUGGCUUUGCAUUAUCGGUUUAAUUCUCGCAGCCUCGUGCAAACUUAAUUUGCUGAGAGUUUUCUACGAGAGGUUCCCUAACUCCUUGCGCUCCUCCGAAUGAGCGACAGGGAGAUCGAAUGAAUAGCCGUCCCGCGGAAGGUGACAUCCCCUCUCUGAUCGGAGGCUGCAGUGCGUGGCCGGAUCGUUGACACGAGUCUGCGAUCAGAUUGCUUUUAGUCAGCGCUGGGGAUCCGUGGAGCGACGACGCGUCCCCGCGCCAAAUGCUUUAAAGCCGCUCCCGGGGCCGCUCCUUUUCUUUGAUCCGCUUGCUAUGAAUGCGAAUUAACGAUGGAAGCCAAAUCUUGGGCUAAAAGAUUCCCGCAUUGCAGGGGGUUGGGAUGGAUGACCCCGGUGGCCCCUUGCAGCUUCUAUGAUUCUGUCAGUGUGUCGUACAUUUGCAGAAGUUGGAGCGGUUAUUUCCUUGGCCUGUGGGAGGGGGCGCGCGGCUCUUGAGAAACUCUUCUCCGGGAGAUUUCCAUUCGGUUGCCUGUUGCCAAGUGCGACGAGGGGAGCAGCCGAGUUGCCGCUCAGUGCUGACCUCUGCAGGCGGCGGCUGGUUUUCUGCGUUCCUUUGCUGCUGCGUUUAAAUCUUCAUUCCCCACCCCCCCCCAAAACCUGUUGCUCACCGUUGGACUUGCAACUCCCACCGUCCACAAAACCCUUAGCUAUACUGGUUAGGACUGGCAGUAGUUGAACAGCAUCCAAAAGGCAACAGGUUCCCCACCCCUGGCAAACCAGUUCGGCGUGACACUCACUGGGUGACUGUGAACCAGUCACCGUUGCUCUGCCUAACCUACUUUUUACAGGACUGGUGUUGCUAAGAGGGAAAGAUGGAGGUGAGGGAGUGAGCCACGCAAGGUGGCCUUUGAGUUUCUCUGCAGGAAAUGUGGGAGAUAAAGGUGUACGCAAAUUAAACACCCAUUGGUGUCCACUGAGUUGAGGGGGGGAGGGAGAGAAGAAACUUGGCUUGUUUUCUGCACAUGGCCUUGAAACCAUCCCAGAGUGGACUCCUUUGUGUCACAACAGCUGUUUAAAAAAAAGAAUAAGCAGUCUGCUGGCUGGGUCCGCAGGCUUUGCUGACCAGAAAGAGUGUCACCCUUGAAAAUAAUUGACCUCUUCUCCAUUGCUGCUCUUUCAACGUAUUUCACAUAAUGGCCUCCUUUAUUGUUACAACGACCCUGUAAGAUAGGCCAGUAAUGUUAUCUGCAUCGGUGAGUUCGUAGCAGAGGCAAGGUUUAAAGGAGGCCUUUCUCAGCUCUCUGCCUUUUCCGUCACUCAGCUGCACAUGCAAUAACAGGGCCGGCCCAAGACACUUUGCUGCCUGAGGCAAGGGACAUGGCACACCUACACACACACACACACACACACACACAGGCUGGUCAAACUCACCACCUGUCCCCGGACAACACCAUCCACCUUCCCUGAGGCUUUCUUAGGGGGACACUCCCCCCACAAGACUUUCUGCUGCCUGAGGGAGUUACCUCACUCUGCCUAAUGGUAGGGCCAGGCCUGUGUGACAUCCCCAGCCCCUUUACCUAUAGUAAAUGGGAUUCUCCUUUGUUUUAUUGACACAGGGAGAUGACUGAAAAUCUGAGCUACCUUUAGCGUAACUGAGAGUGUGUGUGUGGGGGGAAUACAUUGGCAUGAUCCUUUCCUCUUCUGCUCAAUGACUGCUUGCCCAUGAGGAAGAAACACACUAGUGUGUCGUCGUAUUUUGCAUCCCUCUGGGCUGUUCCCAGUGAUUUAUUUUUGGAAUGAUGCUUUAGGACUUUCGCCUCGCAGCUUUAUCCCACGUGGCUGUGCUUGUGUUGUCUCCCACAAAGGUACACAAACAACAAAGGUGCCUGUUUUUCUGCCCAGCAGGCGGGAAACGGCAUGUUUCCUGGGAAUCUGGUGCGGCAAACUCCUGUCCCGUCAAGGCGCCCCCUCCCAUCACCAAACCCACAGACUAGCCCUCUCUUGGGGCUGAGCAAACAUCGCCUUGCUGCUGUGCUCUGUGACGUGGGCAGUCCCGUAUCAAAGCGUUUGUGGCUAUUCCUCCCUGUCUCCAGGGACAUUUCUGGCAUUCCAAAGGAGCUUAGAUAGAUAUGACAAGGCUUGGCUUAUCAUUUGGAAGCCCGCCUUUGCGGGAAAGUGAAACUUGUUCUGCUGUGAUGGAAAAGGUGAUGUGGUCAUCUGGUGUGUCGCUGGAUGAUUUACACUGAUUUGGGGGUAUCUGCUCGGCUGCAACGUACUCCUUGCUUUGUUGAGUCAAUGGGGUUGUUGUUGUUAGUCAUUUCCGUAGCUGGCUCACGCCCUACUUGAAAGAGGAAAGGAUUUAUGGCUGAGAAUACGCAACGUGUGCUCGGAUUGAUCAGCCCCAAGUCCGUGCACUGGUGGCAGUUAUGCAUUGAGGCCGAUCCUAUAAUAUUAGUAAAAGGAAGAUGUGGCGAACCCCUGCUAUGCAAUGAUAUAUGUAGCUAAAUACAAAGCCUGGGUUCCUUUAUUAUAGCAUUGGAGGCUGGCCGCUGGUGAUAUGUUUUGGCUAACUUUUGACCUAGGCAGCCAAGAGUGUGUUACACGCCAGGGCAUUUUCACUUCCAUUUCCAGAAUGCAAAAGUGGUGUCAUAGAAGGGGGUGCAUUGGCUAGUGCCGUGGGUUUGCAAAACAGCAGUUUUUGUCUUUGUUGACAUAUGUUCUGAAUGGCUGAGCGGCUGGUCUGAAUUUGUGGCAGGAAAUACUUUGGGUCAGCUAAGGUAGUUGGGUCCAGACCUUGAGAGAGCGCUGCUGUGCUCCUUAUUAGGGAGAGCUGGGCAGAACAGGAAAGGUCCCACGAACCGCAACAAGACUGCAAUACCUCUAGGGCCGCCUUUCCCAGUCCUUGAGGUUUGAACUGACCCUGUGCUUAUCAUUUGAGGCUCUUCUUCAUGCGCCCCCUUCAUGAGAGGCCUGGAGGGAGGCAACACAAGACUGGGACUUUUCUGCGGUGGCUCCCCACUUGUGGAAUGCUCUCCCCUGGGAGGCUCACUGGAUGCCUUCAUUACAGGCAAAAACGUUUCUCUAUAACCGGGCCUGGGGCUAUCAAUCCAUUGUCUUUUAAACUGUGUGUGGGUUAUUGAUUUUGUUUGACACUAUGGUAUUUAUAGGGACGAGGGUGGCGCUGUGGUCUAAACCACUGAGCCUAGGGCUUGCUGAUCAGAAGGUCAGCGGUUCAAAUCCCUGCGACGGGGUGAGCUCCCGUUGCUCGGUCCCAGCUCCUGCCCACCUAGCAGUUUGAAAGCACAUCAAAGUGCAAGUAGAUAAAUAGGUACCACUCCAGUGGGAAGGCAAAUGGAGUUUCAGUGCACUGCUCUGGUUCGCCAGAAGCGGCUUAGUCAUGCUGGCCACAUAACCCAGAAGCUGAACACUGGUUCCCUCGGCCAGUAAAGCGAGAUGAGCACCGCAACCCCAGAGUUAUUUGCGACUGGACCUAACGUUCAGGGGUCCCUUUACCAUUUACCUUUACGGUAUUUAUAUUUGUGUUUUUAUAUUGUAAACUGUCUUGUGAUCCUCAAAUGAACAGCAGUAUAGACAUUUAAUAAAUGAAUAAUAAACAAACUUGUACCACCAUGGCAAUGAAGGGGGCGCCAGGAGAAACUCUAUGCCUUCUGCUGGACACUCAGGGUCUCUGGUCAAGCAAAUCUAGUGGAGUGGGGGGGGAGAGCAAAUCUGUAUUUUAAGACUGCAGGUAUUUUUUUUAAGUGGGUGGGUGGGACACUGGAAGCAAUGGGGGCACUUGCUAUUUAAUUAAAGAGUUGGAAGGCGAGCAGAGUGUCCCUCUCGCCCCGUGAAUCAGUGGAGGCGGAGGGCGAGGAAAGGUUUCCCCACCUUUUUCUCCUACUUCACAGCCGUUGCUGGUUGCAACUCAGCCCACACUUCGGAAAGACGAAAGAGGGCUGAUUGAGCGAUGGCGUUUGAUGUCCAGGACAGGAGAGCUCCCGAAGCUACCAAGAGCUGGGCUCAGGCAGCAAAAAUGCGGGGUGGGGUCCGGGGAGCGCGUCGAUGCAGAGCAUUUGCUAGCGGACUUUGCAAGCGCCAACUUUAAAAUAGUAUAUCGCACGUGGGUCAACAAGCGGCGGCGGCGAGGAGAAGCGUAAAGGGUCCUCGCGCGCCUCUCCUCGAUUGGCUGCCGUUGCCUUUCCAAUUCGUUUAAAGGACUCCUGCCUGCUGCGCACCCCGCCCCGUUUUCAUUGCCGUGCGCGCUUCUCCCUCGGCGGUUUCAAAGCCUCGCCCUGUCGGCGGCCGAAAAGAACUCCUCCUUUUACCCCCACACACGCCUCUUCUGAUUGGCUCGGCUUUUUCGCGGCUUCCUCCAGCUCGCCCCGCCAUUGGCCAAGGUCGGCGUGGAGUUGGAACGUUCGUAAAAGCGAAGGAAUUCCGAGGCGCACGCGGUGGGGGAGGAGCGGCCACACACAUACACACAAGCGCACGCGAGGCAAUAUUGGCCGGAGAGUGACCGACUGACCAGGCCAUGCUCUUGGCUCAAGGCCCCAUUUGCCACCAGGGUCCCGAAGGGCCGCCGGCCGCCGAUGCCGCCGAAGAGGAGCCUCGCUCCGCGGGUAACAACAAGGAGCACGUGGGGCGAUUUUUGUGAAUGGAGCGAGCGUGGUGGUUUUCGUUGUUGUUGUUUGCAAGCAAACCGCAGCCGGUGUGGGUGUCUGGCUGGCUGGGCGGGUCCCGGCACAACUCGCUACGCUGAUGCGCUGCUUUCCUUUUCUCCAUCCCCCGCAGGUAAGGCGACCUUGGAGACGCGCUACCGCUUGGGAGCGUUGAUUGGGAGCGGCGGUUUCGGCACCGUCUACGCGGGGACCCGGCUCAGCGAUUCUCUCCCGGUGAGUGACCGAUCGGCGUCUUUUCUCUGUCUCUCUAUAUGUCAGUCGCGCGUGCAUGUGUAGAUACACGUAUUAUGUACAUUAUAGAGACACACACACAAACACACACGUAAAUAUACAUAAUACGUAUAUCUACACAUGCACUGAAAUGACCAAAUGCACCACCAGGAGUCGACCGGCGGCUUUUAGGAGAGAUGGAAAUAAAUGGUAUACAGUGGUACCUCGGGUUAAGUACUCAAUUCGUUCCGGAGGUCCGUUCUUAACCUGAAACUGUUUUUAACCUGAAGACCACUUUAGCUAAUGGGGCCUCCCGCUGCCACCGCGCGAUUUCUGUUCUCAUCCUGAAGCAAAGUUCUUAACCCAAGGUACUAUUUCUGGGUUAUCAGAGUCUGAAACCUGAAGCGUCUGUAACCCGAGGUACCACUGUAUUAGGGUUGUGCGAUUCUGGGGGCUGGAGUGGAAUUAAUGAUCCGCGCGAGAGAGAAGAAAGAGAAGCCAGCAGCGAACAAAAGGGGAGCGGGAGGUGUGAGUCUUGCUCCAAUUCGGGGCUACGCCAUGCGGGCUGGCUGCUUUGAAUCCCAGGUUAUCCGUCUGGGUUUCCCUUUCUCCACCCUGUUCUGCCUCUCAGAGGGUGUGUUAGUGUCCUGGAUGAGUGAUGCGCCUGGACUCCUCGCUAUGCUCUGUGCUGCUCGCUAAGCCUUUGGCUCCACUUCAGGCGCUUGGAGCACACAGUGGCUCAUCAGUCUGGUUUCCUGGUAAUAAUUAUUAAGGAAGGAGAGAGCGAGCACAAGCAACAGUCAUCCCGUGACGAGGAAGGCAUCACUGCUGUCUAAUAUAUGUGCAGUAGCCAUGCUGAGUUCUGAACUUGGAAAUCAAUGCAGCGGUAGUAGUUUAAUAAUACACAGCUGCAGCAAAUAAUGAUGCACACCUGUUUAUCUGCUAUUGGCUGUGCUUGAGUUACAAAAUGUAUGCGUGUUGCAUUGGUUGUGUGUGACUUACAGGUGUGUUAAGUCGUCGGAGGGCAAAAUCCUGGGUGUUCUGAAGGGAGGGGUUGGGAAGGUGUGGAAAUUCCCAGGUUCUGUAUUUUUUCAAAAACUUCUGGGGGUGCAGAGUCAAAAGCAUUAGGACUGGAUACUGAGGCGAGGGGCAGUAUGCUAUUUUGAAGCUUGAAUAAAACAAGCCCCGAGAAGAGAAAUUGUGGUGGCUUUCUCUUUGGAAGGGAGUGUAGCUCCAUUGUGGGGUUUUAAAGGUAUUCUUAUUCCCAAAGGGACAGAAUGGCUACUACACCGGUGUUUCCCAAAUUUGGGUCUCCAGCUGUUUUUGGACUACAAAUCCCAUCAACCCUUAUUGGUCCUGUUAGCUAGGGAUGAUGGAAGUUGUAGUCCGAAAGCAGCUGGACACCCAAGUCUGGGAAACAUGGAUCUACACUUUUAAGAACUCUCGGUCAAGUAAAUCCCAACCCCUCUGGCUGUACAUUUGCAGCCAUAAAUAGAAAAUCCACUAUUUCCAACAAAUAGUUCUCACUAUUGCUAAGGGAUGGGGGUAGGGAGGGGCAGUAUACUUUUCCAGCAAGGAGACAUUAAGACCUUACUUAUUUCUAACAGAGCAUUGAAGCAAGUAAUGUGGUACACUCUUUCCUUCAGAAUCUUACAUUAUAAGGGGUAUUUCUGUUAGAGCAAUCUCAAGCUUAAGAUGACAUGUGCUGAAAUUGAAGAAUAACCAACCCUCUCUCUGUAGAGCCUUUGGUAAGGCUCAGUAAAGAAAUGGAACAACUCCAUGAGAAAAUACCACAUUGUUCAAUUUAGGCAUUUCAGUUUGCUGAAAUUCUGGUUUGCAUGCCGUUAAAAUAUUUGUGAGAAACUCUGCAUUAGACAGGUACCAAGCAGGCCUCUUUGAUAAACUUGAUUAUAUAUAAACUUGAAGCUUCAGCAACCUGCCAUGGUUUGGAAUCCUUGCAUAGCUUGCGGAAGAUGCCUUUCCUUUGUGCAAAGUUGCUGGAUCUGGUUUGCAGCAGGGCUGGCUUCAAGUUUGAAUGGGGUCCUGAGUGAAGCGCCCCCUGGUGGCAGCAUGGCCGGCAGCUGGGUCUGGCUGCCAUAUAAAUCAUUCCUCUCUGGGGUAUCGUGGGGAAAUGGCAGCUGGGCUUGGCUGCCCAGUGCUGCUUGGAGCACCGAGUUGGAAAUAAAGAAAUACAGUGGUACCUCGGGUUACAUACACUUCAGGUUACAGACUCCGCUAACCCAGAAAUAGUACCUCAGGUUAAGAACUUUGCUUCAGGAUGAGAACAGAAAUUGCGCAGCGCCGGGGGAGGCCCCAUUAGCUAAAGUGGUGCUUCAGGUUAAGAACAGUUUCAGGUUAAGAACGGACCUCCGGAAUGAAUUAAGUACUUAACCCGAGGUACCACUGUAAACAAAUCUGAAGGGAGCCCAAGGCAGGUGUUGGUGCCGAACCCCUGGCAGUUGCCCAAGAAUGCCACGUCAUCAUAAUAAUAAUAAUAAUAAUAAAUUAUUUAUACCCUGCCCUUCCCGGUUCAGAAAACCGGGCUCAGGGCAGCUAACAACAAAUUUAAAACACUUAAUUGAUGCAACAAAAGCAGCAUAAAAUACAGUAUAGAACGUGAAUAACAAUAAAUUCAGAAUUCAAAAAUCAGUUUAGGGGGGGAAACUUGGCACUUCCCCCAGGCUUGCAGCCUGAUCCGAGACAGGUCACAACAGCCGUGCUUAUCUCCCUGCAUGGUGAAAUGGGGUUCGUGCUAAAGGUGGAUCCAAAACAGUGCUGUGAAUUCUGCAGUAGGCUUUGCCUCCUAACAGCCUUCUCCUUCCCUCCUUUUGCAGGUGGCCAUCAAAUAUGUCGCCAAAGACAGAGUCUUGCAAUUCCAGCACAUGGUGAGUUGCUGCUCUGUUGCGCCAUUUCUCUUCCCGUUGAGGCCGCCUGACUCGUUGAGCGGCGGUGCCAGAGGUUGCUCUCAUGCCUGUCUCCCUUUCUCUCUCUUUCCUUCCUUCCUUCCUUCCUUCCUUCCUUCUCCAGAACGGCACCCUGGUCCCGCUGGAAGUGGUACUGCUGAAGAAGGUGUCUUCCUCGGGCUGCCGAGGUGUCAUCCGCCUCCUGGAUUGGUUUGAGCAGCCUGACGCGUACUUCAUCGUGAUGGAGCGCCCCCUCGUCUCCCAGGACCUGUUUGACGUCAUCACCGACAGGGGUCCGCUCCCUGAAAGCCUGGCCGCCAGCUACUUCCGGCAAGUGGUGGAGGCCGUGCGCCACUGCCACCUCUGCGGUGUUUUGCACCGAGACAUCAAGGAUGAGAACAUUCUGGUUGACCUCCUGCAGGGAGACCUAAAGCUCAUAGACUUUGGCUCGGGGGCGUUGCUUCGGGAUGCUCCCUAUACAGAUUUUGAUGGUGAGUGUGUGUGUGUGAGAGAGAAAGAAUGCCAGAGACCACCACUCGGCGACAGGGCACACACGCUUUGCUUGCAAAAGGGUCCUGGGUUCAAGUUCCGACAUCUCCAGGGAGGGCCGAAAGAUUCGACAGCAGCUACACUGUUGUCGAUGUCAGCAAACUGUUGCCAACCUUUGGGCUUGUGGUUCAUAUAUAUGUGUGUGUGUGUGUGUGUGUGUAGAGUACAAAUAAGAAAACAUACAUAUUUACAGAAAGAAAAUACAAAAGAAAAAGAAAAUACAUAAACCAAGGGAAAAAAAUUAGAGAGUAUUUUGUCUCUUUUAAUAUUUACAGUUAUUUAUACCUCUAUAAAAUGCUAUUCACAAUAAAGGAGUGAAGUGAAAGAUAAGAUAUCAGAAAAAAGAAAAAAAAGAACAAAGAAAAAAUAAAGAAGUAAAAGAGAAGGAUCAUAGGUGAAAUUUUUUAAAAGUAGAUAAGUACUCACAAUACAUAGCCGUUUCCCAUCUAUAUUUAUAUUCAAUUGUAUAAUUUCAUCUUGUCCUUAUCUACCUUAAAUAAAGUGUUUUUUUAAGUGUGGUUCAAAACAUCUGGUGGGCUACCAGGUUGACGGCUGCAUGGGAUUGAGUGGUCCUGGUGCAAAAGGUGGCAGGUUUUUUUGGUUUUGCAGAGAAGCACCCAGGAAGGAAACAAGCUAGGAAGACAAAUCAGUGUUGGUGGGCGGGGCGGUCAACCUCAGCCAUAUUUUUUGCAGACUUUGGCCUAAAUCUGAACCAUAGUUCAGACAUCUGGCAACAGCUGAUUGUCUCUUCCUCCUAGCAGCUUCUGGGAAGGAGAGUGAGGUGAGGAGAUGUCAGAAAGAGAGACAGCAGAGAGAAAAGGGGUGGAAGGAAGAGCGGAAGGGGACAGCCCCGCCCACUGCUGGCUUCGUCUUUCUCUCACAGACAAGAGGAAUAUGGCCAUUGGUGGGAACAAAUAUUUCCUCCCCACCCCAGUGUCGGAGGAACUGUCUGAAAAUGUGCUGCAGUCUCCCUAUGAGAGGUACAGGAAGUUGUUAUGUGGAGGUUUGAGCAAUUCAGUGUGUCCCCGCGUCCGGUUUCCACAUAGCAAAGCACAUUAUGGGCCAUUGCCAAUGUAAAAUCAGAGGCUUUGGGUUGUGCUUUUUGUAUUUGACCAAAGGGGGGGGGGGCACAAAGUAUAGAUCUGGGAGUUGUCUUCUGAGCGUUUGUAAAGUAUGCUAAAGGCCUAAACGGUCUGCUCUGUUCAUAGGUUGACCGGCCUUUUUCUUGCUGAGAAUUGUUGCCAUUGUUGCAUCUUUUGGAUAAACACAGGUUGCAAAAUAAAGUCUUGCGGCAGCUUAAUUUUUGGCCUGAAGGUGUACACUCUUAUUGCCUGUCACGUUGGAUGAGUUAGUCCUUAAUUCAGUGUAGCCAUCCUGGUUUACACUCUCACACCCAUACACCCCCAGUGUUUACACGGAGAAGAAAUUCCAGUUGGUCAGUGGUAAUUGUUAGCUGGUAAUGUUUGUAUGCGCAGUUGCUCCAGAUUGCCUCAUCUGUAUUGGUGUUCUCUUGUGUGUGCGCCCUAAGGUCAUUGGCCUAGAUGUCACUGGCCUGUAAACCUGAUUUCACGUUGCAAUACCUCAAAAUGCAGGUAAAGGUUUGUACGAUGGAAUGUUGUUGCACAGAAAUCAAUUCUCUCUCGGGGCAUUUGUUUAUUUAUGGAGGAUCAUUUAUAAUCUUGAGGAUGUUUCCAACUCAGAGUGGAUCUGCUGAAAUAAAUGAGACCCUGUCUGUUAAUUUCAGUGGGUUUUUAUUCUGAGACACGACCCGCAAUUUCACUUAUCCCCUCAAAAAGCCCUCUCUUCCGAUCUCUCAUUCUGCUUGUGUCUUGCCUUUUACGUUGCAAAAAUUUCUUAUUAUUGGUGCUUUGUAAGCAUAAAAAUGCUUUUAAGUAAAUAAGACUGUGGAGAAAACGCCCCAUUUUACAGAUGGGAGGACGGGAGACUGAAGCUGGAGCAGCAGUACGCCAGUGCCAAUUCAUCAUGGAAGUCUCAUAUAUGGGGGAAGCUGCUGCCCUAGGCUUCUUUGGGAAGAAAUUGUGGGAUAUAGAUUUAAUAAAUAACACAAACAUUUCAUAUUUGGUUCUUGAAAUUUAGGCAAUGGUGGUGGUCCUGCUCAGCAUGGGUGAGGAAGGGGCAACCUGGGACGGAUUUGGUAGCUCUUUUUCCUUUGGCGCCUCUCCAGGUAUGUUUUCACCGGCUCCUUUCCAUUCUUACAGGCACCCGGGUAUACAGCCCUCCUGAGUGGAUAAAAUACCACCGGUACCAUGGCGUGUCUGCCACUGUGUGGUCCUUGGGAGUGCUGCUCUAUGACAUGGUGUGCGGGGACAUCCCUUUCGAGCGCGAUGAAGAUAUCCUCCUUGGGAAACUCCACUACCACUGCAGGGUAUCCUCAGGUACGGACGCUGUCCUAGACCCAGGCCAGUGGAUAUUUGCAAGUUUACCUUGAGAUAGAUGUUAGGCUAAUUAACUUUGGCAUUCUGUGGACUAUCUUUAGCAGGGGUCGCCAAACUACGGCCCGGGGGUUGGAUGCAGCCCACCGGGCUCGUAAAUCCAGCCCGUGGACCCUGCCGCCCGCUCAGUCAGUCCCUAAACCUGUGCGGUGGCUGACUUCCGCGGCACUGGAUUGGCUGUAGGAAGUUCCUGCAGCCAAUCCAAAACCGCAGACGCCUCUGAGCGACGCCCCUUCCUUCCCGCUGAGGCGGCUGUGUAUGGCCAUGAGCUGAGCGGGAGAAGCGGCGGCAGCCAGCAGCUCUGCACCCCUCCUGAAAAAGUUUGCUGGCCCCUGAUCUAUAGGACAAAUUUUCUUUUUCUUUCUUUUUUUCCAGUGAAGAUGCUUAUUUUUGUUAGACCAGCAAUUUCACCCCUAGGUUCCUUAAGAAUUCUUAAUGUAUGCUUCUUGAAUUUGGCAACUCCUUUGUACUUAAUUUGUCACUGAGCCCUGGAGUGCCACAGUGGUUUGGUCUAUGGAGAGUUGGUAGGCUCAUGUGACAGGAUACUACCCUUGGGCGGAUUGGCCUACCUCGUAAAAGCUGAUUGAAGUCUGCUCCAUCUGCAUAGCACUUCCUGCUUCGUUCAGUUGAAAUGAGCAUUGUUGAAUUGAAUAGACUGUGCUCUACUGUAAAUAAUAUCCUGAAUACCCUUAGGGAAACUAAUAAUCUUCCGACUCCUAUUCUUAUCUCUUAAAAUAGGACUAAUUGUCAGGCAUUUUGGGAUAAGUUCUUAAUGAGGUGCAAGGCACAAAGUGCUUUGCAAGACAGGGAUAACAUAACUCAAGUCAGCAGAUCAUGAGGCUGUUAAUCUCAGAGUCAUGGGUUUGAGCCCCACUACAACUCCCAUCGGGACGCGGGUGGUGCUGUGGGUUAAACCACAGAACCUAGGACUUGCCGAUCAGAAGGUCGGCAGUUCGAAUCCCCGCGAUGGGGUGAGCUCCCGUUGCUCGGUCCCAGCUCCUGCCAACCUAGCAGUUAAAAAACACGUCAAAGUGCAAGUAGAUAAAUAGGUACUGCUCCGGCGGGAAGGUAAACGGCGUUUCCGUGCACUGCUCUGGUUUGCCAGAAGCGGCUUAGUCAUGCUGGCCACAUGACCUGGAAGCUGUACGCCGGCUCCCUCGGCCAAUGAAGCGAGAUGAGCUCCGCAACCCCAGAGUCAGCCAUGACUGGACCUAAUGGUCAGGGGUCCCUUUACCUUUACCUUACAACUCCCAUCAUUCCUAGCUAGUGCAGCCCAAUGGUCAGGGAUGAUAGGAAUUGUAGUCCAAAACUGCUGGAGACCCAAGUAUGGAGAACACUGGACUUAGAUGAACCUCGUGGGCUAUUCCUGCAAUUCUUUUAUUUGAUGAUAUGAGGAAGGGCUGUAGCUCACUGGCAGAAGGCCCCAGAUUCAAUCUCCAGGUAGAGUGUUGUGGGAAAGGAUCCUUCCUGAAGUUCUGUAAAGCUGCCUGCAGCCAGAGUUAGGCCACAGGCAGUGUUAGAAACUCAGAUAUCUAAGCUUAGGCACCAAAUGGCUCCUUAAACCAAGAAUAACAGUCACCAAAGCAGAAUGUCUGGCUGCCGUUUUUGGGCAUGAUGGCUCUAAAGUCUUAUAUUUCAAAGGAUGGGAGUGACUGUGAUUGAUCAGUAAAACAUCUGGCUAGUUCUGAUGGCAACCUUGAGCUACAGGUUAAGAACUUUGAGAACUUUAAACAAGAAAAGUCACUUGAUCCAGGGACAGUCCACAUAUAUAUUGGCCUAUUCCUACCUCUUUUUCUUAAUGGUGACACGGACCAUUCAUAACGUAACAAUAUACUUCACAGCUGUGUGAGCAGGGCAGUGGGAUGGGUUAAUUGAAGAUGAGCUACAGCAAUUAGCUAUAACGUCGUUCGCUGCCCCUUCUUGGGCUGCACAGGGAAAGCAUUUUGGUUCCUGAAAUUCAUUCCAAUUGUGCCGAUAAAAUAUAACGGACAGGAUUCUACAGGAUGUGUUAUUAGUGUGCGGAAACAGUCAGGAUCUAAUGACCCCCAGGCGUGCACCUCCAGACGGUGGAGAUGUCAGGCACCGUCCUGGGGCCAGGGCACCUUCACUUGGUCGCAAGUGGCCAAUAGCCAGGUGCAAAAUACGCCUGGCUAAUUUCGAACACUGGCCCACGGGUUCAAAAACUGUGGUCCGUGAGCUUCAUUCAGGUGAUUUGCAGUGCGACCACAUUCAAUGUUUAUAUUUUCUCGAAGUAUGUAUUGCUUCUUUUGUUUCUUAUGUUGUGUUUGAUGCUGUUCCGAUAUGGUACAACAAUAUCUAAGAAAUGAAAAAGCCAUAAAAACGCAAAGCACAUCACAACUACUACAGCAGGCAGAAAAACCAUCAAAUGGUGUGCCAAGACCCUCAGCAGUUUCCAAGUGGUCCCUGGUGGUUGUGGAAACAGGUUAGGAACCCCCGGUGUAGGGAGAGUUGAGCUUUCCUGAGCAAUGCCUUAACUCCGUGCAACUUCCUGUGUGUUCCUAUUAGGCGGUGUAAUAACAAUGGUUCUUUCCUGCUUUGACAGACUGCCGUCACCUGAUUGAGUGGUGCCUCUCGCUGGCCCCAGAGAACCGGCCUUCCCUGGAGCAGAUCUUGGCCCAUCCUUGGCUCCUUGCCUUCUUGGAGCAAGGCGGACGCAAAGCCCAGCAGCCCACAGUCCCCAAAGCCGGCACGAGCCUGUGACUCUGGUGGCCUCUGGACAGCAGUAAUGGGGCGGGCCAUCGCAGAAAGGAUGGACGUAUCUCGGUUUCUCCUGCGACGACAGGCUGACAUACUCGUUAUUCCUGCUGAUAGCUGAGUUCCUGCCCCUGGGUGGACGACCUAUGAAAUCCGAGGCCUGUGGCAGGGACGCUGCCCACCCCGACUAGACAGGGGGUCUGGCAUGCAGCCCCUGACCCCCAAGACAAAAGAGACCAAUGAGCUCUGCUCUGUUUACACAAGGACUGUCCCUAUUCACCAGUGAGGGCUGCAGAAGACUGGCAGCGAGUGAACAGUGUUUGAAGCCGUCCGUAAUGGCUUCCUCUUGUUACGCCUUUCAGUAUUGGGAGUUUGGUGGACCUCUGGACCGACCUUCAUGCGCCAGGACUGGAUUGGCGUUUUGAUGUCACGCCGGGUACGGGGGGUUGUUUCUUCUGGUGGUCAGAUGCUUAUUUAUUUGGCGUGACGUUCCUUUGGUGGGGAGCCCCGGUUCCUUCCUCCUCCUCCUCCUGUUGUUUUUUUGCUAAGCCAUCAUCUACCUGCUGUGGUUUUUUGGGCAUAGAAACAUUUUCUGUGGCCCAGCUGGGAAGUGACAUGGUUAUUGUGAACAGCCCCCUGCUUCCAUUCCUGUCCAGCCAUUCCAAGUCUGAAUCCAGUUUCCUCCAGUGCCUUGACUUGAUGGGUGUGUGUGUGUGUGUGUAUGUGUGUUUUACCCCCUCUUCCUUUCACUUGGGGGAAGUUAAAGGGGUGGCGGGAGGAAAGCGGGCCCCACUUAACCUCAUCAAUAAGUGAAAACGAGAAAAAAAAUAAAUCCAUGAGUUGCUGGGUUUCUUUGUCGGAGUUGAUCGAAACCCCUGGUGCCAGGACUGUCCCAUACAAAUGAGGACCUGGAGUUGUGUUUGCCGCUUCGAAUUUGAAAGGCAAGAUUUUGGAACUUCGGAAAGCACCGGCGCUAGGUAUUUUGGCCCUGCCAGCCAGCCAACCACUGACAGCUUGAAGAACUUUCUGUUUCUGUCUCGGCAACUUGACGCUCACAGUGGAAGAGGGGUUAGCCAACUUGGUGCCCACCAGAUUUGGAAGUUGCUGUUAAGGCUCCCGACCCCCAUGAGCCCCAACUUGCAUGACUGAUGGUCGGGGGAUAACGGUGGGAACUGCUAGUCUGGUGGGUACCAAGUUGGCUAUUCCUGCUGUCUACUUUACUCACCAGUUCCCAUCUGUCAGCUCCUCCUUCCGGGAGAUCUUGAAGUUUGGUCUUCUGCUUGUGGCUGCAGCAGAGUGUUGUUUUCUUUUCUCCCCCCCCUCGCCCCCCCCAGUGGCUCUGAUCCCAGUCCACCCAAGUGGUAGCCUGUAAAUGUGAGGUCUUUAUUAGCAGAGAAGCAGGCCGGAUGGCGCCACAAAUAUUUUUCUGAAUCUGAACAAAUCCUCAUUCAGCCACAGGUUGAGUGUCUCCUCACCUUCAUGUGUGUGUGUGCGUGUGCUUUGGAAUCUGAGAGAACAACAGGAGCCUAUAGCAUUGACUCUGAAUCUUGGAAGUAUGUUUCCCUUGGGGGCACCUGAAAUAAUUAGGCCAAUGCUUUCUUGUCUUUUUAAUGGGAGGUUGUUCUUCGAAAGAGUGCUGACAGGGCCUUUGUCAGCUCCUUGCAUUGGCCCCAGAGAGGAUCUGGGAUAUGUAUUUUUAAGGAUAGCUAGUGGGGCCCAGCCUCUGGCAGAUUCAAGCCUGAGUGGUGGAUCAACGCCCUUCUCUUAGCCCAACUCUCCUCCGAUCACUGUAGAAUUUAUUUUUGCCAAAUCACAGGAGGAGAGGCAGAUAUUAGCGCCAGGGGCCACUAAAUCUGACAAUGGUGAAUUGACUUAGGCCAAAUUCACGCUGUGUAUUUCAAGCACCGUGAUAUGCUUAUAAACAUUCAUGGCUUUUUCCAGAGAAUCCUGUGAGCUGCAGUUUAAGGGUCCUGAGAGUUGUUCCACCCCCAAUUCCCCUACAGUUCCCAGAGUUUCCUAGGAAGAGGGAUUUAAUCGCUGUGAAGGGACUAGUGGUUUCUGAACAACUCUCUCCACCCCUUAAACUGCUGCUCCCAGAAUUCUUUUGGGGGGGAAACCAUGGUUGUAUCAUAGUGCUUUAAACACAUGGUGUGAGGUGGCCCUGGAUGCUCAUCUAGUUAUGUCCUCGUUAGCCAGGUAUCCACAAAUCACAGCCAGCCUUAAGAAGCAAACCUAUUGCGUGCUGGUCACAAACCUGCCCCUCUGCAGUACGAAAGAGUCAAGGGUCUUGCAUGAUGCCACACCGUGUUCAAGAUCCAGGGGUAGCUUCCUUUUUCCAGUUCUUACAUUGGAAAGGAGAGCGAGAGCUCAACCCACUAUCCUGAAGACCUUUGGGAAGCAGUGAAGAAACUUUCUGCAGGUGUUUCCAGGGCUCAGUGUGGCAACAAGACUAUUCCCCCCUCACACGCACACUAAGGACGAUGCUUCCCUUGCCAGAAUAAAGCAUACAUCCCUCAGGGGCGAGCCAGCAAGUGCCUGUGUAGAUCUCUGCGCGCGCACACCAGUGUGAGACCCCUGGUGAGUUGAGCCAGCCUUGCAAUGGUUUCUAAUACUGCCUUAGGCAUACUGGCACAAGCAGAGUGCUAGCCAAGGGAGAUGGGAGCCGUCAGAUUCCAGCCUGGGAAAAUGCCAGCAUCGCUUUCUGAGCCUGCUACCUCUGAGCAAUGUUGCUGAAGAAUUAUUUAUAUGCCAGUUCAGGAUUUGAUUUCCAUAUCUGUGGAUUUGUGUGUGUGUGUGAAUUUUGUUACUGCCUCCCGUGCACAUUUGUGCAACCACAUGACACAGUGCCUCGCCCGUCGUGGGCUCCAUCAUCUACCAAGCCCCUUUCCGGGAUUAAAUAAACUUUUUAUAAGAAAAAAGAA